AUGAGUAGGUUCUACAUAGAUACCCAAACGAUACCCUGGGAACAAAUUCCUUGGCCCAAGGUCGAGGCAGUUGUUUUUAGACUCCAAACCAGGAUUUACCAAGCUUCUCGCUCCAACAAUAUGGACAAGAUGCGUGCUCUACAAUUUAGACUCAUACGAAAUCUACAUGCCAGACUCUUAGCCGUGAGACAAGUUACACAGGAGAACCCAAGGAAAAAGGACCCUGACAUUUACAAGAAGUUGGUGGCCUCAGGGUCACAAAAAAUAGAGAUGGCAAGAGGUCUUCAAUUGGAUGGAAAGGCUACGCCCAUUCGUCAAAUAAUAAUAGCAAAGCCCCGGAAAGAAGAAGAGCGCCUCAGAAAACUACGAGCAAAAAAAAAAUAUAGAUUUUGUUGUGCCUUUUCUGCAUUAGGCGCAAGAAAACGUAGAGUAAAUCAGGUACGCUUUGCGCCUGGAAAAUGGAAAGCAAAAAACAAUCUAUAUUUUUUUUUUCGAACUAAACUUUGCGUCUUUUCAUCUCUUUGGCCUAUCUGUGUUAUCGAAGACAGAGCCAAGCAGGCUUUGGCCAAAAUGGCCCUAGAAAGUGAAUGGGAAGCCCGCUUCGAACCCAAUUCCUAUGGAUUCAGACCCGGACGAAGCUGCCAGGAUGCCAUUAAAGCCAUAUUCUUAGCUAUUCGAGCCAAGCCCAAGUAUGUUCUGAACGCGGACAUUUCCAAAUCUUUCGAUCGCAUCAACCACCAAGCCCUCUUGGACAAACUGAAAACUCUGCCUAAUUUAGCCAAACAGGUCAAAGCCUGGCUUAAAGUCGACCUCAUGACCGGAUUAGGAAAUAAUGCUCAGUACAUGGAAAGGGGCACCUAUGGCGUGAUCUCCCCACUGCUAGCCAACAUUGCUCUCCAUGGAAUGGAGACAGCUUUAACACAGUGGUCACUGAGAGCAUAUCCCAAAGAACCAACUCCAAUACUGGUUAGAUAUGCCAAUGACUUCGUUGUACUUCACCAAUCCAAGGAGGUCAUAGAACAAGCUCAGGCAUUCCUGAGGGAAUGGUUAAAGUGCAUGGGACUAGAAUUGCACUCGGAUAAGAUCCAGAUAGUCAACACCGGAUCCGGGUUCCAAUUUCUAGGGUUUUCAAUCAAUCAUAUUUGGAAAUGGGGCAAAGUUAAAACUUUAAUAACUCCGUCUCGUGAGUCUCGCUGGAGAUUUCUCGAAGAUAUUCGACGGGCCAUUCAAUUUUCAAAAGGAAAAGCAGCCUACCAACUUAUCAUAACCCUGGUACCCAAAAUAGUGGGAUGGGGCCACUACUUCAAAUACUCUGAAUGCAACAAUAUAUUUCGGAGAUUAGACCAUGAUAUUUUUCAAAAGAUCCGAGCAUGGGUAUACCGACGGCACCCGACAUGGGGUCGUGAUAAAAUAAAACAAAAGUACUUCCCCGAAAAGAGAAGUUGGCUCUUCGAAGGGAAAGUAUACCAAGAUAACUGGAUUUUGUACGACUCUUACACAACGGCCUUUGGGGUGAAAAAAGAAUAUUACCUGGUCAAACUGAGUUGGAUAGCUAGCCACAAGCACAUUAAGGCGAGACAAGAUAAGAGCCCAAUAAAAUGA